AUGUUCAGCAGUAUCCUCCAGCAUAUACACACGAGCGUACCGUGUCAACCACUAUCCGACCUCGGCAUUGAAAAAUACUUCGUUGUCUUCGCCAAUGCACAACACGAAGCUUUUCUCGAACAUUAUGUCACUACCGGUCUUUCAGGAGGCAUACUUGCUGCUAAGCGGCUUCGGAGCGAAGCAUUGACUUAUCUUCGAUUCGAAGGAAAAUUCGAUGCUGCAGCAACUGUGAUCAUCUACGUAUACACCGAUCUGGACGAAGCUGCUCGUAAUUACUAUCAGUCCGGCGCACUGGACCAGCCCGAGUAUUUUUCUCAGUUCCGGCAAGGGUUCUCCCAUGGUCUCGUCAAUGGUCAGGCAAUACUUGCAGAUCUCAAUAGUCAGACGAUCAUUGGACAGCACAAUAUCCGUAGUGAGUACUCUGCUCAUUCGGCUUACUACCCGGAUUUGCAUCUAACUUUCGUAGCUUUACUCAACACGUUCGUCGGUGACGACAGAUGUCUAAACGUUGUAGUCGUGGGGACACCGACAAAGGAAUAUCUUCAGCUGAUACAGUGGCCAAGGUACAAGCCUGGAAUGCGCAACAAAUUUCUGCAAGCAUCGUUCCCAACGGUUUUUGAGGGGAGCAUUUCACCUACGAACCUGAUACCCUUUCCCUCACUUCAGCGCUCGAUGUGGUCUCCAAUUGCACCCCAGGGCAUAUUGACCCAGCCUCGAGCUUUCCCAACUGGCCCGUGGAAUGAUGACAUGAAGCCUCUCGGCAAAGCCUCACGAGCACGCGUUUGGCCCUCAUUGAGCUUGCCAGAUAUCAGCUUAUUCAAACCUUAUUUUGAACGUAUGAAGAGCACAAGCCUUCCGGAUACGCCUUUAAUGUGCAACCUGUUAGAAGAUCGAGACUAUAAAGAGGUUCACUCUGCACCAGCAGCACUGUCUCCUCCUGGAGAGAUUGUCAGUGCAAGUCAGGACGAGCCCUGUGGCUCAAAAUUGCCUUAUAGAAGUAACAGACAAUUGAAUGCGGAAGCAGCGAAAGACACUAGGAACCAAUUUAACCAAAUGCCAUUGUUCAAUCAUGCGGCAGGAAGCUGCCAGAAUCUGCAAGGCCAAAAGGCAACUGCAGGGCAAGCACCCAGGCCAAUCAUUCGAGACGAACACGGGCGACGCUUGGACAUUCCCACCAACUACAAAGAGGAGCUGAUCAACCAGCUCGACAAUGGGCGACUCUGCAACAAUUAUCACCUAAAGGGCAAUUGCGCAUACCCGAAGUGCAAGCAUCUACACCAAGUGCCAGUCAUCGAAGGGAACCCACAUGGCCCGAAACGCAACUUGACUUCCGACGAGGUGGAAACACUGCGGUACAUUGCAAGGAGGAGCCCUUGCCGCAACCGAACGUCAUGUAACGAUCCGAGAUGUUUUGCAAGUCACCGUUGCCCAAAUCACGUUGAGAAGGGCAGGAAGACCUGCGGCUUCCCGGUAGACAUGCACUUUGAGAUCUCUGCGGAGAGUCUUGCGCGAUUGGAAGCAGCAAGAGCAUUAUAA